AUGCUAAAUUUAAGCUUCCGAAUUUUCAAAGUUCGGCAAACAGUGUUAGGAGUAUCCAGCAUUUUAGCAGUAUCGACGCUGAUCAGCAGUAUGUUACGUAUUUCUGGAGCAUGUCGAGCAAACAUCGAUGAAAUUGCUAACCAUUGUUGGCUGAAUUAUGAUGAAAAUACGCCUACUAUCCGGGAUCUCCCAGAGAACCAGGUGCAACAAGCAGCAUUCUUAUGA